AUGCCGAGGAAGAAGGACACCAAGAUAGUGGACCUUAGCGAGCCCGACGACGGCGAGAUAGACGCAGCCAAGAUGCAGAAGUUUUUGACUGUGAUGAUGCGGCUGCUGCUGAACCUGGCACACCGGCAGCAGCAGAUCGAGUCGGUCGAGUUGGAGGCAUUCAUCAUGUCGUCGGGGUUGCAGCCAGCAGUGAAGGCGAGAGGACGAGUACGCGCGCGGAUACGCGCAACAGAGGACAGCAGGGCCAACAACAAGAAGCAGCAGAGCGACGAGAAGAUCAAGCAGAUGGGCACAAUCUCGGCGGCGUGCUAUGCAGGCGUGUUCGAGGGGCUCCAGGACGAGGGCAACGCGGUAGGGCAGGCAAAGCUGGCGGUCGCCGAGAUGGGCGAGGUGGCCCCGCUGGCGAGCGGCAGGCUGAACAUGGCGCCCGUGCUGGACUCGCUGACCCAGGCGGGAGCGGACGACAAGCAGGGAAUGGCCCCGAUGGGCCACUUCGAGAGAUUUGUCCACACAGGUCUCCACGAGCUCGACGGGCUGGAGCAGCUGCGGGAGGAGUUGCGGGCGGCCUCCGCGGGCGGGGAGGAGGCCCAGCGGCGGCUCCAGGAGGAGCGCCUCGGGCUGGAGGAGCGGCUCUCGGCGAGCGCGGCCGAGGUCGCGGCCCUGGAGGAGAGACUGGCGCGGGAGGCGGCGGAGGCCCAGAGGCGGCUCGACGAGGCUAGUGGCCAGGGUGCCGACGCGAUCGCGGCGGAGCGCCGUGCGCGCGAAGAGGCGCUGGAGGAGGCCCGCGCGCAGCAGGAGCCGCGCCCUGGCGGCGCUCCGCGAGGCCCACGCCAGCGAGCUGGCGGCGCAGCGCGCCGCCCUCGAGGCGGAGGCCGCGGAAUUGCGCCGCCAGCUGUCGGCGCAGGACGAGGAGGGCUCCACCCGGCUGCAGGAGAAGGCGCUGGCGGAGCAGCAGCUCCGCGACAGGUUGCGUGA